UCACGGUUAGCGAAGCUCCAUUUUUCGACUGUGAUUUUUGCCCUAAUUUAGGGUGCGUGUAGAGAACUCGAUCAAUCUCAAAUUUGCGUGGGAUUCAUAGUUUUUUUGCUGCAUUUUCUUUGAAUAUCGCGUGAAAAAGAUUGAUUGUUAGCAUUUUAUAUAUUUUUACAUAAAAAAGUAGAGAAAAUGAGUCGAAGCUUAGGGAUUCCGGUGAAGCUGCUGCACGAGGCGUCUGGGCAUGUGGUGACGGUGGAGCUGAAGAGCGGAGAGCUCUACCGUGGAAGUAUGAUCGAGUGCGAGGACAACUGGAAUUGCCAGCUCGAAAACAUCACUUACACUGCCAAGGAUGGAAAGGUCUCACAACUCGAGCAUGUUUUCAUUAGAGGCAGCAAAGUCAGGUUCAUGGUCAUCCCAGAUAUGCUUAAGAACGCUCCCAUGUUCAAGCGUUUGGAAGCUAGAAUUAAGGGGAAGGGUUCAUCACUUGGAGUCGGACGUGGGCGUGCUGUUGCAAUGAGAGCUAGAGCUCAGGCUGCUGGUCGAGGAGCUCCUCCGGGUAGAGGCUCUGCACCACCAGUACGGAGGUGAUCAUAUUCUGGCAACUGGUAUUGAAUGCUGCUGUGAAGUGGGAGUAUCCAUUGUUGUCAUAUGAGCUAUACUUGGUCUUUGGUUUCUACUUUCCCUUUGUCUUAAUGUGAACUUGCUAUGAGAGAGUACUCUGUUUUCGGAUUUAAUUGAGUUGUAGUUUCAUAGUUAUUUGACUCCUUUUGUGAUGGAAAUGGUUCAAAAACAGUUGCGAAAAACCAAAUACUAUAAUCCUAAGAUUUGGUUUGAUCAAA